AUGUUUUUGGCCACUUCAGUUCGCUGUUUUGUCCCAUCACAAGUAUCCUGCUUCAGGCGUGAAUUUUUUCGACUCAUUUCUGCAUGUUUAAAUCAGGAACAAAAAUAUAGGAAAUAUUCGCAUUUGCUGUGUUCGUUAAAUGUUCCGCUGCUUGAAUUCAGGCAACGCAAGCUUAGCUACAGCUUAGAAGGAACAAAACAUGGCCAAGAGGGUCUUGAAGAGACUAGUCGCAUUGAAAAAGAAUGCAGAAGCGACGUACGAAUGUUGGAAGCGACAACUCCAAAAGUCUUGGAUAAAGAAUCAAUUUCUGAUUUGGAAUUAGUAGAGCUACUUGUGGCUGAGCUGCGAAGAAAUGGGAAGUUGUUUAUACUUCCUGUGAAUGACAUUGCCGCUAUGGAAGCUGUCACGAAAGCUUUCAGACUUUUGCUUGAUAUCGGGAUUCAACCGGAGUUCAUCAUUGAUUCCUGCGUUUCUGUACCUCAGCUGUUUGUAUCACUAACUCAAAAAGGCGAAACAAGCAUUCAGAUAAUAGAACUCAUUGUGGAUUUCUGCCAGCUUACUUAUGAAGACUCCAUCCGCAUUUUUGCAACUUACAAUGAAGAGCUACUAUCAACAGGACCGGAAGAAAUUCAAAAAUGCAUGGAAGUACUUGAUUUAUAUGGAUUUCAAGAUAAAAAAUUGGGAGAAGCGAUUUGUUCAUGCCCAGCGUUACUUUUUGCUCAGAAAUCUAGUAAACUGGCUCAAAAUGCUGAAAAUUUAUUUUCUCAUUUCAGUAAAAAUCAGCUUUAUUCGUUGUUAAAAUCCUCUCCAGAAAUAUUGCUUGGCGAUACUAACGAAACGGAGGAUAAAAUUGAAUACAUUUAUUGUUACAUGCUUAUGGACGGCGACGACUUUGCAAGCUGCACAAAUCUCGCGCAAAUAUCAUUGGAGGAACUGAUGGAUCGUCAUGAAUUCUUGCUGAAAACAGGCAUUUAUAAAACUCCAGAUAUAAAAAGACCACAGUUGAAAAUGAAAAAUCCGAAACUAAAGAAGAUUCUAGAUAUCAGUGAGGAACAGUUCGCAAAAAAAAUAGGUCAUGUGUCCCUAGAGGAAUGGUACCUAUUUAGAGAGUUACAAAACAAACGACGGGUAUUAGAAUCGGAAGGAAAUACACGUCCGUUUGAACGAAUCAAGCCAUCAAUGCGGAAACAAUUGGAACGCGGUAUAUUUUAUGAACUGCCUGAUGUUUCGGCGAAAAUUUGGGACUUCUGGAUUUCUCGAAUUGAGUUAGAGAUGACAUGCUCAGAAACAUUCGGGUGUGUGGGUUGUCAUGGCGGAUUUAAAGCUACUGUAAUUGAGAAAGUUGGUUAUAUCGAGUUCCUGGGCGAGAGUGGUUGUCACGAGACGUGUGCGAUUGGAAGAUGUCCGGGGUUAACGUACAUACAGCAGCUAGCAGACUCCACUCCACUUAUCUCGCUUUCUUCACCUCUCUGUGAAGAAAAUAUCUCCUUCACUCUAAUGUUCUUGCAUUUAAUUUUCUAA